AUGGUGUUUGAUGGACGACCGCUUCCUGCGAAGAAGAACACAAAUGAAGAAAGACGUCAGCGACGGUUUGAUAACGUGAAAGCUGGUGAAUUGCUUCUUUCAGAAGGAAAAAUUAAUGAGGCCGUCGACAAGUUCAAGAGAGCAACUUCUAUCACCUCGGACAUUGUAGAAAGUACCAUCUCAUAUUUUCGUAAUCAUGCAAAGGUGGACGUUGUUGUCUCUCCGUAUGAGUCCGAUGCACAGCUUACAUUUCUUGUAAAAGAAGGUUUCGCUGACAUUGUCAUCACAGAAGAUUCUGAUCUUAUCGUUUUCGGUUGUGAGAAGGUAGCUUUCAAGUGGAACUGUGAAAGUGGCGAUUGUAUGAUCUAUGAAAAAAGUCAGUUGCCACAAUGUUUCUCUGGAACCAUGCGUACUCAGUUUGAUUUCACGAAAUUCCGCCGUAUAUGCAUUCUAUCCGGAUGUGACUAUCUCCAGGCUGGAUUACCUGGUAUUGGGCUCAACAAAGCUCUUUCAUUCUUUUCGAAAACCUCCAGAACCGACAUAAGAGAGUUAUUACCACGCAUUCCAAGUUAUCUUAAUAUGCCGAAAUUGAGGGUCUCUAAAGAGUUUAUCGAUGACUUCAUUCGUGCAGAGAACACCUUUAUAUAUCAGGUAGUUUUUGAUCCACGUCAAAGAUGUCAACGCCCACUAACGAAAUAUUUGUGUUCUCAGAACGAUAACUAUCUCGAAAAUAACGAGAACGUAAGUUUCUUCGAGUCUUUGGUGGAAAGUAGCUCAUUAGUGGAUUAUUUGUAUGCCGGCGAAGUGAUCUCGUCAAAAUUAGCCGUUCGGCUGGCUUUAGGAAACCAGAUCGAAAACUCAGUAAUAACAGAUAAGUUCUUCUUGCCUUCACCAGUACCAGAAUGGUCCAUUUGGUUCGACCGAUAUGAAAGCUGCGGAAAGCGCACGAGACAUGCAGAAGAAGAACAGAAGGAAGAGGCGAAGAGAUGUGGAGCAGUUUUUCGGGUUAAGUGGCUAUGA